AUGUUGCGUAUUCAGAUGAUGACGACUGGGGAAGAGGUGGCUUGCCUGGAGCCGGAGGAGUUGCUGAGUAUUGCCGGCGACACUGCUACGGGCCACGUGCGCGCCCUAAAGCUCCAUCUCCAAAAGCUCUGUGGGCAGAACCGGUUUCGACAACGGCUCCUGCAAGAAGACGGGCAGAUUUUGCCCGAAGAGGCGGUUCUGGAAGCACCUUGCCUAUUGCACCUGGUAAUUCUGGACUUUGCCGAGACCUCUGGCGAUGAUAUUGACAGGCUGCUCCACGCAGUGGAAGCAGAAGACACAACACAGCUAGACACCAUCUUGCAGCGACCCCAAGAUCCAAACCGAACGGCGCAACACAACAUGACAGCUUUGCACGUUGCAGCUAGGUCUGGCAGGCAAGUCGCCACAAGGCUGCUGCUGGAAGCUGGUGCAGGAAAGGACCAAGGUGACGAUUUUGGAGGCACGCCACUGUUCUUGGCAGCUUCGGGCGGCCACUUGGAAGUUGCUCAUUUGUUGCUAGAGUUUGGUGCGGACAAGGACCUGGCCGGAGGAGAAGAUGGAGCCACGCCACUUUCCAUCGCAUCUGAGGGUGGCCACCUGGAAGUGGCACGUUUGUUGCUGGAGUUUGGUGCGGACAAGGACCUGGCUGAUUCAGACGGAGCCACGCCACUCUUCUUCGCUGCUCAGAACGGCCAUUUGAAAGUGGCACGUCUGUUGCUGGAGUUUGGUGCGGACCUGGCCGCCGCAAAUGGAGACACGCCACUUUCAAUCGCAGCUUGCAACGGCCACCUGGAAGUGGCACGUUUGUUGCUGGAGUUUGGUGCGGACAAGGACCUGGCCGACGCGAGUGGAGCCACGCCACUUUCCAUGGCAGCUUACAACGGCCACUUGGAAGUGGCACGUUUGUUGUUGGAGUUUGGUGCCGGCAAGGACCUGCCGAUUUCAGAUGGAGCCACGCCACUGUACAUCGCCGCUGAGAUCGGCCACUUGGAAGUCGCACGAUUGUUGCUGGAGUUUGGCGCAGACAAGGACCUGGUCUUCGCAAAUGGAGCCACGCCACUUUUCAUCGCCGCUGAGAACGGCCACUUGCAAGUUGUACGUUUGUUGCUGGAGUUCAGUGCAGACACGGACCUGGCGACUUCUGAUGGGGCCACGCCACUUUUCAUCGCAACUCGGAACGGCCACAUGGAAGUGGCUCGCUUGUUGCGAUGA